GUUGUUCAUCCCUCCCCUGAGCAGAUCUUUAUCAGUUUGUGUACUCCAGUCUUGGGGUGCAUUUGAAUGGGUGUCUGCGUGUGUGUAUCUGUGGCAGAGUUUACAGGAGGACAGGGUAAAGUGUCUCGGAGCCCACUGUGGAGAAGGAGAAGAGCUUGUUGUCUGGAGGAGAGCGUCCUGCAACGAAAGGGUCUGACAACAUUCUCACUGUGAUUACCUCCGGCCACUCUUCGAGAUUCGAGAUUUGGCUGGACCGUGUGUGCAGCCUAAAUGCCGAAGUGGAACUUGUUCAGGCAUCAGACAACGCCCAUGGUCGCUGCUAAGCCAACGGGGGCCAGUGCCUUGACUGUGACUCCAGCCCCCGUCGCGUUAGUCUCCAAUGAGAACUCCACCGAGCCGGUCAACAAGAACGAUGCCUUCGACGAGAUCAAAAACAAGUUCCUGAAUGAAAUCGACAAGAUCCCACUGCCGUCCUGGGCCAUCAUUGCCAUUGCCGUGGUCGCUGCUCUACUCAUUCUAACAUGCUGCUUCUGCAUCAUCAAGAAAUGCUGUUGCAAGAAGAAGAAGAACAAGAAGGGCAAGAAGGGGAAGGGUGACAUGGGAAUGAAGAACCUGAAAGGGGGAGAGAAACAACAGGAUGAUGAUGACGAAGAAGACGAUGUGGAACCUGGUCUGACUGGAGACGAGAAGGAGGAAGAAGUGAAGGAGAAGGAAAAGCUCGGGAAGCUGCAGUACUCCAUCGAUUAUGACUUCCAGGAGAACAAGCUGACUGUAGGAAUCCUGCAAGCAGCUGAUCUCCUCUCCAUGGACAGCGGUGGCACGUCCGACCCCUACGUCAAGGUGUUCGUCCUCCCCGACAAAAAGAAGAAGUUUGACACAAAGGUUCACAAGAAAACACUCAAUCCUGUCUUCAAUGAGACCUUUACCUUCAAGAUUCCAUUCCAAGAGAUGGGUGGGAAGACUUUGGUGAUGUCAGUGUAUGACUUCGAUCGCUUCUCUAAACAUGACGUCAUCGGAGAGAUUAAAAUACCCAUGAACACCCUUGACCUGGCUAAGCCAAUUGAGGAGUGGAAAGACCUGGACAGCGCAGAUCAAGAAGAGCCGGAGAAGCUGGGUGACAUUUGCAUCUCUCUGCGUUACGUCCCCACUGCCGGGAAGCUCACCAUCUGUAUCCUCGAGGCCAAGAACCUGAAGAAAAUGGACGUGGGUGGACUGUCAGAUCCCUACGUGAAAAUUAACCUGCUGCAGAACGGAAAGAGGCUGAAGAAGAAGAAGACGACGGUGAAGAAGAACACCUUGAACCCGUACUACAACGAGUCCUUCAGCUUCGAGAUUCCUCUUGAGCAGAUGCAGAAAAUCCUGGCUGUGAUCACAGUGCUGGAUUACGACAAGAUUGGCAAGAACGACGCCAUUGGGAAGAUCCUGGUGGGAAGCAAGUCCACAGGGGCCGGGUUGAAACACUGGUCCGACAUGCUGGCCAACCCCCGUCGCCCCAUCGCCCAGUGGCAUCCGCUGCAGCCGGAGGAGGAGGUGGAUGCUGCCGUCGCAGCCAUAAAUGCCAAGAAGUAAAACUGCCUCCAGAACACAUCGCUCCCCCAACCCCCACCUCCUCCGCCACCCACCUACCCCAUGCAUUUCCCAUCAUCCCCCCUGCGCCCGCCCACCCCCCAGGUCCCACAUAUCAGUGUAUAUUCCAAAAAGAGCACCCUUAACUGUACAUCUGCUCCCUCCAACCUCACCUCCACCUCCUUUUUCUCCCUUCCGCCGCCUCUCAAAAAGAUCCAUAGAUUACCAUUCAACAUGAUGGCAAAUAUAGUUUAAAAAGAAAAAAAAAGAAAAAAGCGUCAUGUUAUAUGAAUUCAUGUCAUUUGAAAAAAGAAGAGAAGACACAGGAUGGACAGAUACUCCGUUGAUUUCCUUUAGAUCUAUUUUUGUAUUGGGGUUGUGGUUCCAUUAAUAAGAAUACAGAGUAGACUACGAAGAACAGUACGAGUGCUAUAUGGGAACCCGGUGAUAGAGGGGAUAAAACAUACGUUCGCUCAUGUUGUACUUCUCACCCCUUUCCCUUUAGUGACACAGUUUGCUUAGAGUAGUGCUUAUUAAUAAUAAAAAUGCUUUAUACUGCCAUAUAAUAGAGAAAUAACACAAGCAGGUCCAUUCCUUAGGUGUCUUGUGCACCAUGUUCCACACCUGCCAGUUAUCAUUCUAGAUGAUUCUUGUUGGUUUUGAAGUACAUUCCUAGAGUCGGGUAGCCGAGUAGGGAUAGUCACGUAUCCAGUUACCCACAGACACACUGCCUUUUUUCGAUUAGUUGACGUUCCACCCAUCGUCUCAGGAAAACUGAGAGGAAAAAUGGAAUCUCCAUGCCUUUUUUUCUAAACGGGUUGUUAUUAUUCAAACACUCCCACUUCUCGAUCGAGAAAAAAAAAAAAAAUCAAAAAAGCUUGACCGCUUGAUUCUUUUUUUUUUUUUUUUUUCUCUCUCGCUCUCUUCCGGUGACGUAAGGCUCACGACUUAGUUUAAUCCAUGAAAUGGUAUGUCAGGGAACAGGGAGCGAUGGAUUUUUGGGGGUUUUGUGUAAUUUUUUUGACUGUGCAAAAAAAAGAAAAAAGAGAAAAGGCUGUCACCCGAAACAACAACAACAAAAAAAAAGCGAAGGAAACAUCAAGACCGGGUACAACAGGGACUGAUUCCAACCAAAAUGACAUGAUAUUUACAAGGUGUCGAUUACUGCCUGCAGUCUUACCCACCUCCCCUCCCCAACGCCUCUGAUUCUGUAUCUCACUUGUUCAGUGCUACUGCCAUUAGUCAUGGACUUGACACAAGGGUUUUACUUCAAAGGAAUCCCUAUAACCGUCUUACAGUCAUAAAGGAGACAAGCCUUCAAAGUAACAAAAUAAGCAAUUUUCAACUUACCAGGGACGCCUUCCAGUUAGCGGUGUUGUUCUCUUCAUUUCUCUCCUCCGUUUUUUUUUUUUUUUUGGUCUCUUUUACCCUUCUACUUAUUACGUCCUUUAUUUCAUUUAACUUCAAACGCUUCUUUAAUUCCUCAAGCACUUUAAAAAUCCAAAUGUUUUAUGUUGAAGCACCCUCAAAAGUAAUCCAGAGCUUUAAUUAUUUAUGUUGGGAACAACUGCUGGAAAAAGGUCAAGGGAGUGUCAGCAGUUUUCUUCCCCAUGUUGUCGCUUUGUUUCAGCUCAGCUUUUAUUAUUAUUUUUUUCUCUCCGUGUACGUGUUUUUGAUUGUUUGAAUCUUACGUUUUUUCCUCAUCUUGAUUGCAAGGUUACGGUCUGGAAGAAGGCACUGAUCCAUGUGUAUUUUAUACACAGCUUACCAAACUGUUGAAUUUAAUUGCACUACUGGGUAUUAUUCUGUUCUGUGGUAAGUUGACACUGUUCUUGCUGAUCUGUGUUGUUUUUUUAAUUUACUUUUUUUUUUUUUCUUUAAUGAUAAAAUGUUGUGAGAUUGACUUUUUUCUGUGGCACAUGUGACAUGCCGGACAGGUCCCCUCGUACAAACGGACUCCUCUGACAAGAAAAAGAGACACGUUUCACUCUAACGCUGCUCCACUUGCUCCUUUUCGCAGAACGGAAAUCGAUUCAGUAUUUGCAAAAUUCGUUAUUCUGUUGGAAGAGGAAUUUUUGAGGACCAACUUGUCUUGAAAACCUUUUCGGACCAAAAACACAUCAGUCCUGAGUAAAAAAAAAAAAAAAUUGAAAUUGAAAUCCUGAUAUGUGUCAGGUGCUUUGGGCCCCAGUAUAUACCUGCUUGCAGGUCCAGUUAUUUUUCUGUGAACACCAACAGCAAAAACUACCCGUUGACUGUGUGUGAGAAAAAUGCAAACGUAGACAGUACUGCAACUUUUUUUGUUUUGUUUUGUUUUGUUUUUGGAAUUUAAUGAAUGUUGGCUCUUGUAUCUUUCUCUGUUGGAAAUUAUUUUUUUAUGACCGACAUAGACCCAUAUUCAGAUUUUUCUGUUUCUCUCAUCUCGCAUAAAGGUUUUCUUUUUUAUUAGUUUUCUUCUGUUGACAAAGCAGCACUAAAGAAAAGGCAACAUGGAAGCAAUCAAGCAACCCAUCGGUGUGUAGUUUUGCCUAUAUACAUAGUUCAUACACGUUGAUACUGCAUGUUUAUACGAAAAAUACUGUACAUAAGAGCAUGUUUUAGAGACGAAGCAAAAAUAUCUCGUGUACGUAAAUGGGUGUCAUUUGUCAUUUUAAUAACACGACGAAGGGGGAAAAAAAAAGAUGCACUGUAUAUUUUCUAAAUGAAACAAAAUGUGUAUUUAUUUUCCAUGAGGGUCAUUGGAGAGAAUGUCAUACAAAUAUUAGAGUACUACUACUAAUAAGAAACCUUUCCACGCCUGAACUUCUUAAGCAAGUGUGUCGUCCAGUACUGUGUGUGAGUUCAUGUAGGAUGAAAAUGUAGCCGCAUGCUUGCUAUCUAAUUCCUUGUGAUCCGAUUUCUUUUAUUUAUUUGUUUUUGUUUUGUUUUUUUUUCAUUUGAUGCCAUUUUUAUCUGCCAUACGUUUUAGUUCCAGCACUUAUCUGAAGGCCAAUGUUUGUUCUUUUUAUUGCUGUUGCUUUUUUUGGGGAAAAAAAAAAAGAUCUGUUUUAAAAUUUUGAAAUGUUUGGGACGGGGGCAGAGGGGGUCUCCAAGUCUAUAAGAGGAGUAUUUUCUAAUAGAUUUGGCACUGUGUCAUUCUGAAAUAACUCAUUGGAAGAAGACUGAAAUAAUUUCUGCAAUCCGUAGUUGGAUUGUAGGAGUCGUUUAUUUGUGCCAAUAACCAAAACCCAGAACAAAGUCUGUCGGAUCAUUUCCACGGGGCCAAAAAUAGAUGAACAAUCCCAUUCCACUGAACACACAAAUGACUUGGAAUCCCUUCUUCUCUCUGACUUUCCUUGGAAGUUUUUACUUUCCACUUCUAUUUAAAUGACCUGAAAACCUUUCACGGCUGUGUCUCUUUUACUGUGUUUAUUAUACAAUACGUGUACGUGUAUACAAGAUAAAUGAAUAAGAUAAAACUAAAGCCAUAAAACUCAAGCACUAACUCUUUAGAGCUCAGCUAGAGUAGCUAGAGUUUAUUUAUGAAGAAAAAAAAAAACAGUUCCAACAUGUCGUUCAUUUUCCUCGACUAGUGUUUCUCUUUUACAUUCCGUUCAGAGGUCUUUGUUCGUCAAGAGGGCAAAAAUCCAUUUUAACUGUAUAUGUGAGCUGUGAGUUUAGUAGAGUGAGUGUGUCUUUUUCUACUUUCAGAGCUGUUGAUGUCCUUGUUUCAUAGAGGUAGCUGAUUUUACAGUAUCGUGAUUAGUAAUGUAUAUGCCUUGUUUUGAUAGUAUAAAACAAUAGAUAUGAUAUCACAGUAGGUUCUCAAUAAUACUGCUAAAAUGAUAUAGAGUAUAUAUCUAUAUAUAUGUAUAGAUAUAUAUAUAUAUUUAGAAGAGAGUGUGUUCUAUCCUUGGGCUGAGUGCAAUUUCCGAACCAACUGGAUCACUGAUCGAGUUUUUCUCUUCUUCCCGUUUAGCAGCAGAAUGUACCAGUGACCACAUGUACAAUCAAUAACGCGCUGCUGGUAGAGCUGCGGCUCGCGCUGGUGGCUUCCUGUUGGUUCAUUUAGCAACAAAACAAUAAAGUCAGAGGUCCAACAAUGUAAAAAAGAGAAACGAGAAACGUAAAACGGUGGCACCCAAGUUUUUAAGCCCUGACUCCCUCCCAUAGAACUAUGCAUAGAGUUAUGAUUUUUCUCCGAUGCGUGGUGAAUAGCAUACGAAAAUGUAGAAAUAUCUAUUAUGUCAUGCACGUGAUAUGGAGUUAAAGAGGUUGUUUUAACAUUUUGGGAAAAUCCGCCCUCAUUUAAUUGAAAGAAGGGCAAAAAAAUGCAGCUGAACAAUUUUUGCUCUUCUGUAGACGGACACUGGUAAGAGUUUGAUUUACCGACUGGCUCUGUUGAUGACAGCGCUCUCCUACUGUCAUACCGUAGAUGGUUUGUCCAAUUAGCUUCCAUGUCAUUUCUUUGAAAGUGCCUGCCCCCCUUUAUCCAAGCAGUCUCUUGCGGAUUUGUGUCACGUUUAGCAACAGACUACAUCGUCCGUACAAUCACGUAAACACUCGUUGGAGGUCUGCUCCUGGAUUACUGAUUGGACCAAUAUGGCGGCUUGUUUGGAAACUUUCUCAUGUGUAAUAGUUUGUCGAAAGUGAGGUGAGAAAUAAGCAGUUGUUGAAAUUGUCUCUGUUUUAGACAGACUACGGUUAGUUUUAAGGUUUUUUCAGGACUGUCCAGAGGCUGCGAGUCGCGCUUCAUGCCCCAGAUUUGCAUUAGGUAGCCUAGAUUUCAACUUUAUGCAAACAAAAAGCAAUCAACGUGAAAAAUCUACGAAGUCGGAACAACAACUCUGAGAAAAUUUGGAUACACGAGUUGACAUCAUAUGAUGCUAAAACAUGGUGAAACUAUAUAUUCGGUUAAUGGUAAGAAACGUCUGUUGAAGUCAUGUAUUGCACAGUCGUUGUAUCGUUUCCUUCAUGCUACCGUGUAACUUAGAUACUGAAAACAGCUUUCAGCGUGUAGUUUAAACGCUUUUUGGCGUCCAUGUUGCUCUCACAUUCCGACACGAACACACUUAAGUUGAAAGAACGACUUCCCAACUCGCGAAAGGGGACAUGAUGCAUUGCACGACUGCUCGGGCAGCGGGGAUAUGACGGUUCCUGUGGACACAUGCCGUGAGAGUGGUAUCAACUCUCCCUCAAUUCUUGGUUAUUUCCCCAAAAUGUUGAACUACUCCUUUAAGUUUACCUCCUUCGCUGAACUCUCUCUGAAUUAAACUGCCAUUAUCUAUACCGACAACGGUGCGUCGUGUUGUUGCGCUGCGCGUUGUCUAAUGCAAUAUGAUCUUUUACUCACUGUCCCAUCUGACGACUGUGACCAAACAGAUGCACUGAGCAUAAGUCACAAGGUUUCAGUGCGUCUUCAGAUAUACUGCCACUGCCUGAUUACAGUUGCCUGCAUUCAUCGCCACUGUUUGAAUCUACGAAAAAGCCAAAAUAACAAUUCACGCAGAGGCAAACGGAACACAUCUGAUGAUGAGGCAAAUGUGAUCACAGGUAAAUAAAAUGUAGAGCACAUUUAAAGAGAUUUUAUUUGUUACUGCUUGGGUCACCGCAGUCACAUGACCACCUGAGUUCUAUGGGGGACAGAAACUGGGAGCUGUGUGUGUGUGUGUGUGCUUGUGUGUGUGUGCGCGUGUGGGAUAUAAAGACAAAAAAGUAGGCCCUUUAGUAGACAUGGUGCAAAAACACAGCACUAGGAUAUUAUAAAGAUACAAUAUACAGUACAGGUCUGCAUGCAUGGGACACAUUACUCAUUCCUAAAUGUACAUCUUCCGUGUGUAUGACUGUAAUACUCACAAACGAUCUUAGUUAUAUUAUAAAUAUGGGGUUCUGUUGAUAGCUGUGUAGAUGUACGAUACCUUAUGCACAACCGCGUCUGAAACUGCAGAGUUUCAGAGCACCGUUCACACGACUAAUUGUUCUCUUGUUUUUUUUCUUUUUCUUUUCUUUUCUUUUUUUUUUUAAACAACGCUGGGAUUUAAAAAGGGAAACCAUCCAAAGUUCAACGGGUCAUUUAUCGCCUUGUCAAAAUGUGUUGAGAAGCCUCUCAGCGGGUAAAGGCGCCACUUUGAAACAUGUUGUCUUGUCUCCUCUAUUACUCGCUGUAUUUCUCCUUUGUAUUCUUGUGCAUACGUGUAAUCACUUCUUCUGUCUUUUUUUUUUUUUUCCCUUUUUCUUGGUUCGUUGUUGUGAUGUUGUACUUCUGAUGUAGAAUGUAGGACUGUAUUUGAAACCAACACCAGACUCACGUUUGCUUUUUUCGUUUUGUGUCUUCGUCCUGUUUACGUGUAACCAGCUAUGUAACCAUCAGUAUCACUGAGCUGAAUUAGAAAGCAGGCUCAUCGAGCUCUCCUCUGAAAUCUGCUCUCGCUCGAGUGUAAAGAAUGCCGGCCUUCAUGUUUACAACAUGGACAUACUGUAUACUGCCAAACAUGCAGGACCGUACCAAACUCCCCUCUUGAGCGCUUAGUCCUCCACCUGUCGUCCCUGAUGCAACUGUACCCUCAAGACUCUUUUCUUUUUCCUUUUUUUCUCCCCCCCCACCUCUUUCUCUUCUUCAUCAUCUUUUAAAGCAUCGGAGGACAGUCAGGUUGUGUCCUCUAGCUGUGUUUCUUCGUGUCUAGUGUCGUGGUGCGCGUGUUCAUGUCAGUACUUGUGCCUACUGUGGAUCGCAUGCUUUAGCCCUUGACUGGACACAAACGUUGCUCACAAACUCCUCUUGACCCUUAUGUGGACAAACGUUGGGGAUCCUUAUAAAAGUUAUCAAGGGAACCAAAUAACUUAUUACAAAUUUAUCAUAUGUGUUACCAAGUUCUGUAAAAAAAAAAAAACAAAUAGGAAAUAAAGGCCUUUUAAUUACCAUGA